AUGACUUCCACUGAGGUCGCGGAUUGGGCCAGAGAGGAUCCGUUCCCACUCGAACGCGAACGCUCCUACAAUGUCCCCAGUGAAGACCGGGUCGAAACACCUGUGGUUCUGACUGCCAUAUACUCAUCCGCAGAAUCAUAUCUGCCUGGUGGCCGAAUGGACGGCCAGUGCGUUUUCUAUAUCCUCAGCCGCCGCGGCUAUGACUGGGAUACUGAUGGACGGUCCAUGACCAUCGUGGAUUGUAUGGACAUCUCAUACGGACCCGACAAAGCACCCGGUCUGUCAGACACAUCAGUGCCUGUGGAUCCAUCAGAGGUGGAGCAGACCUCCGUUGUGGCCACUAAAAACAAGGAAUUGAAGGAUUCUGCGAGAUGGGAAUUCUUCGACAACGGUACAGCGAGAGUGCCAUCCAUCCCAUCAUCUGAAGCUGAUCUGGCACGCCUAUGGGGCCUUGCUGAACAUUCAAAUCGGGCCUUAUACGCGCUGAAGUACAACCAUGACCAAAUGUUGUGUACGAAGCUUCCAAAGCGGUGCCGCCAAUGCCAGGGUGACUUGAGGCACAAGGACAACAGACGCCGCCUCGAUCUGGCAAGGACCAACAGAGCCAGGAAGCACGCUGACGAGAUCAUUGCGAAGAACAUUCAGCCUGCUGCACAGCCAGUUGAUGGUUCGCUCAAAAAGGUCAUUUAUGACACCUGGAACACUAGCUUGGAAUGGAGUUGCUGCGGCCGAAGUGUGUUCAGCCCCGGCUGCACAAAUUAUCGCGAGCACAAGACCCUUGAAGAUCGACAGAUCAUAGAGGAGUGGCACCUGUUUGAAGCCCCCAUCACAAAACCCAAGGACUUCCGGAACGCUGUUGCGAUUGCCUGCCAUAUGGGCGUGAAUGUGUGGGGUGACAAAGACCUCAUCCGGCUCACCGCGGUCGACUACUACUCGGGCGAGAUCUUGAUUGACAACCUCGUUUGGCCAGGUUUCAAGUUGCUGCACACGAACCCAAGAGACACCUCGAUCACCUGGGAGCGGCUCGAAACAGCUCACAAGGCAGGCAAGGCCAUUAAAGGCCUCGACGCUGCCCGAAAUUUGCUGUUCAACUUCGUGGGCGACAAAAUAAUUCUGAUUCUUCAUGAUGGCCAGGAGGACUUGCUAUCUCUUCGCAUGAUGCAUCAUCACAUCAUCGAUGUGAAGUACUUCAUUGAGCGAGGCGAUAUUCCGUACCAUCUCCCCAAGCGGACGCCCGAGUUGAAAGAGAUGACACGGGAAUUUUUGAAUCGCAACAUUGAAGAGUGUCGCAGUCGGCCCAGCUUCGAGAGGGCCGUCGCCUGUCGGGAUCUUACUCUCCAUUUCGUCCAGCGCGAGCGUCUCCCCGAUGUCAUUGUUCCAGAAUUCGCCAAUCUUCGGGAGGAUAUCAAGUUCGAAGACAUUGGCAAUCUCUGGGCGCAUAGCCAGGCACUCUUGGACAGGAUCAUCCGUCCCGAUGUCUACAAAUACCGACCGGCUCUUCGUGACAGCGAGGUGAAACAGGAGAAUUCUGGGCUUGUCACACGCUUGGAGCGUUUCCGUGUGUUUACGCCCUCUCCCUUAAGAAUGGUGUUGAAGGAUCUGAAAGGCAAUCGUGUUGCCGAAGAUGGCUCCAUCCUCGAGACCGCCGAACGUUGGGUUUUUGAACUGAAACAGUAUUUCAAUGCUGAGUAA